CAAGCGCCGUUUGUGCGCCACACGUUCAUUCAGUCUGUGGACGACGUUGCGCCAGUACGUACCGACUGUGACAAAAACGCACGCACUCCUCUCACACGGUGCUUCUUCUUACAUAGCGGGGCGUUCUCACGCACACAGCAAACAUACACAAACACACACACACACCUACACAUAAAAAAAAAAAAAAUUACACACACUCGCGUGGGUCUAACCAUAGCCGGCGUGUGCCGCCAACAACAACAACCACAACAAAAGAAGAUCGUCAAGUUUGAUUUUAAGAUUUUAAGUUUCGCGCGCGCGUUUCGCUUAAGUUUUUGUCGCGUGUGCACUGAGAUCAUUGAGAUCCUUCUUCUUACACUGACUGAGAUCGAUCGAAGAUCGAAAUUUCAAUUUAUUAAUUAAAUCACAUACACACACACACAUACGCACACACACUUUUUGGACCACCAAGCAGUGUCAAUCAAAGUGAAAAAUAAUUCAUCAAAGAAUUAGAAUCCAAAUUGAGAAAGAAUUAAUAUUAUACUGUUAAAACAUAAAUUCAUCAAAUUCAAUCGGCAUAAAGUGCCCAAGUAAAUGCCAAAGUUAAAACGUGUGGUGCAUCUCAUUAAAAACUGCUGCUGCUAAUCAAUUGAUUAUCUUCAAUUCAACAAGAAAAGAAGGUCAACACAAUGCCAUCAGCGAAUUAUCAGUGACAUGGCCGAGGGCUGUGAGGACUCUGCCGGUGCCUCUGAAUCGACAACAACGGCGGCAACGACGACGACAACAACCCCAUCAUCAUUGAUAACCAAGACGAAAUUACAGUUCAAUCAGCUAGAUAAGAUGCUGGGCACUGUGUUGCCAUGCGAGGCGGCCAUUGGUGCCACACCAGGCAGCAAUACGACCAACAGUAAUACCAAUACCAAUUCCAACAACAAUAACAAUAAUAACAACAACAACAACAAUAACUCCGCUGCAGCGGACAAUAGCAUUGUGAAGCGUGAGUUUUGCGAUGGAAGUAUAUUGCCAGGUGUUGGGGCAGGCGCUACCAACAAUAAUAAUAGCAACAACAACAACAACAAUCCAAAAAUGCAGACCAACAACAAGACAAGUAGCGGCAGUGGCAAUAGUAGCAGCAGCUCCUCAUCAUCAUCAUCAUCGUCUUGUUCCUCAACAUCAUCGUCCAGCUCAUCGACCAGCACCUUAACCAGUUGCACCACCGCAGCCAUAGUGCCCUCCCAAUGCUCCACAAAUGCCAACAAAUCGCCCGGUUCACCCUAUUCCCAUAGCGGUGGCGGACCAAUCUCUGGAAAUAUCCUAGGAGCAAUGGUUGCCAAUAGUGUGGCCAGUCCGCUGCGUGAGGCAAGCCCAUUGCCAGCAAGUCGAUCGCCAUUGUUGAAUGUGGCAGCAACAGCCGCAGCAGCAGCCGUAGCAGCUCAACAGCAGUCACCCUGUGGCGGUGCCACACCCGCCUCCCCGCCAUCGGCCUCCUCGAAUAGCUCGUCUCAUGUGCUGGCGCUCAACAUUAAAACCGAGUCGGACUAUGAUAAGGAAAUAAGUUGCCACAAAAUACAUUCGCCCCAUCAUCAGCAUCCCCAUCAUCAUUCGCAUCUGCAUAAUCAUCAUCUGAACAACAACAAUAAUAAUAAUAAUAAUAUUAGCAACGAAGAUGACAACAUGGAAGUGUCCUCCAUUGAGGUGGAUCACACUUUAUUAUCGCCGCCGCAUUCACAUUCGCCAUAUGACAGCAAGGACCAUGUUAAGGAGCUGGAAUUCUAUAAGAGUUUGGCCGCCAAGGCUGCCACACUGAGAGAGGCAAAUGCUGUGGCAGCUGCCACAGCAACAUCAUCAUCAUUGUCGCCUCUGCCCAUGCAAAUCGAUGCCGAUGACGAGGAUGUCGAUGAUCAUCAUCAGGCAGCUGCCGUCGAGGCAUUGCGUCUACGGCGCGAGGAGCAGGCUCAGGCCAAGGCAUUUGCUGCGCAUCUGAAUGGAACUAUGCAAGACAUGAUAAAUUUGCAAAAAUUACAAAAUCUGGCCACGCUGCAACAACAACAACAGCAGCAACAACAACAUCCGCAUACACACACACACGGCCAUCAUCCGCAUCAUCCACAUCCCGCCACGGCUGCUGCAUUGGCAAGUCUUCAGGGCUUAGCCGCUUCCGUAUUUAAUUCACCAUUGAAUCUCAGUGUGGGAGCGGAGUCAGUGUCAACGACAGGAGCAGUGGCAGCUGCAGCAGCAGCAGCCGCAGCAGCAGCUGCGGCGGCGGCUGUGGGAGCAACUGGACCAGGUGGUGUUGGUGUCGUUGGUGGGGGAGGAGGAGCCAGAUCUUCUGUCUCGCCCAUACAGAGCAGCAAGAACAAGACGUCAAAGGCCAAUAACAACAAUAGCUCCACCAUCUCUAAUGCAAAUACAGCCACCUCCUCAUCCUCAGUAACAUCAUCGGCAUCUAACCAACAGCAGCAGCAGCAGCAACAACAACAACAGCAGCAGCAGCAGCCGCAACAGGAUAAUCCCAGUAGCAGCAGCUCUCCACAUGCCAUGAAUGCCGCCACCACAUUGGCUAAUGUUUUGGCUGCGGCCACAGCAUCGCCACCGCCAGCUCUUCAAGCGCCGCCGGCAAGCGCCCAAAUGCCGCAACUGAUACUCGCCUCCGGGCAACUGGUUCAGGGUGUACAAGGUGCCCAGCUGCUCAUACCCACAGCCCAAGGCAUUGCCGUUCAGACCAUUUUGACGAUUCCUGUGAGUCCGCAGAUACCGACUACGGAACAGUUUCUGCCCAAUGCAUUCGGAGCCUAUGCCAGCUUUCAGCAGCAGCAACGAGAGCAGCGGGAACAACGCGAGCAACGGGAACAACGGGAGCAACAACGCGAUCUGUUGCCACCGCCAUUGACUGGCCUGCAACAUGGUCCUGUGCCGGCUUUGCCACAAUUGGCUCAGACACCCACGAAUUUACUCAAACCCAAUCUAUUCUCAAGUGGAGUGCAACAGUUGUUGACUGCAUUGCAUCCAGAACUUUUUGCCGUUGCCCAGCAACAACAACAGCAGCAGCAGCAACAACAACAGCAGCAACAACAGCAGCAGCAGCAGCAACAACAUCAACAGCGGGAAAGGGAGAGGGAAAGAGAGCGAGAAAGGGAACGAGAACAAUUGGCUGGACUAGCUGGCCAUAUGCCUCAUACACAUGGCCAUAUGGCAGCCGAUCUGCGUCGCUCAGCUGAACGUAGUCCACCGUCACGUUCACCCACUGACGGUAGUCCAUCAUUGCCUACAAAGACCCAGCCACAUGCUCCUCCGCCACCACCAGCGGCAGCUGCUUUCCUAUUGCAACAGCAGCUGCACAUCAAACCAGAGACGCAGACCCAUCUGCAUCAUCAUAUGACGGGACAACCAACUGGCAGUAGUGGUUCAGUUGGAUCGGGAGUUUCGCAUCCGCAAAUCAGUCUCAGGCAUCCCGAUGAGUUGACAGCACCUCAAAUAGAUUUGAAGCCCUUGGAAUUGAGUACCAGUUCAUCGCCACCUGCUCCACCCUCGCGACAUCAUUUCGGUCAUAGCCUGAGGACAACAUCCUCACCCAAGCACAGUCCGAGUCGAAUAGGUGGCGGUGGCAAUGGAUCUGUGUCCACACCAGUGACUGGAAUGAAUCUUAGCCAGCAUCAUGACCGCCUCGAGAGACGUUCGCACACGCCCACGGCCACAGCAACGAGAGCCAGCGUCUCGUCCAGUUCGGGGGGAGUGCAUCAUUUGGGACAUGAGCGUGUCGCUGGACGAUUAACGCCCACUGCAUCCACUGGACCUGGUAGUUCGGCUAGCAGUUCCAAUGAAAGAGGCUAUGUAUCACCCCUAUUCCGUUCCCAUUCCCCACCGGGGCAUCCCCUGCACAUGGGCAAUUCGCCGCGUCUGGAGCGCGACUAUCUGGGCAAUGGACCAAGUUUAGGUGGUGGACCAAAUGCCACAGCUACAUCUACCAGUUCGGCCAGUGCCAGCUCCUCAUCAGCCAAUGUACUUAGCAGCAUCAACAGGCUCAAUGCCACCAAUGGUGAGCUGACUAUAACCAAAUCUCUGGGACCGCCAACGGCCACAGCAACGCGUGCCUCAUCGGCCUCGCCGCGUGACGAUUCACCUGGCCCGGGACCAUCCACCUCGGGUCUAAUGCAGCCACUCAAAUUGAGUCCUUCAUCGCGCAGUGAACCGCCGCAUCUGUCACCCAAUGGCAAUGAGAAUGACAAUGACCUUCUCAUGGAUUCACCGAAUGAACCCACCAUUAAUCAGGCUACCACAAAUGUUGUCGAUGGCAUCGAUCUGGAUGAGAUCAAAGAGUUUGCCAAAGCCUUUAAAUUGAGACGUUUAUCAUUGGGUUUGACCCAAACUCAGGUGGGUCAGGCUCUCUCCGUAACCGAGGGACCCGCUUACAGUCAGAGUGCCAUUUGCAGCAGUGCACUCGCUGCGCAGAUGUAUGCCGCUCAGCUGUCAACGCAACAACAGAACAUGUUCGAGAAAUUGGACAUAACACCAAAGAGUGCACAGAAAAUCAAACCUGUGCUCGAGCGUUGGAUGAAAGAGGCCGAAGAGAGUCACUGGAAUCGUUACAAGUCGGGCCAAAAUCAUCUAACAGACUAUAUUGGUGUCGAGCCAUCGAAGAAACGCAAGAGACGCACCUCAUUUACACCGCAAGCCUUGGAGCUGCUCAAUGCUCAUUUCGAACGCAAUACGCAUCCUUCGGGCACCGAAAUCACCGGUUUGGCUCACCAAUUGGGCUACGAACGUGAAGUCAUACGUAUCUGGUUCUGUAAUAAACGUCAAGCACUAAAGAACACUGUUCGCAUGAUGUCCAAGGGCAUGGUCUAGUAGGGCGACCAAACCGAGAGAAUAAUAUGAAUGAACCAAGUUCAUGGAGGCUUGUUGUUUUGUAUAUAAAACAAAAAAGGAUUUCUUAUUGUAUAUAUAGAUAUAACUUUGAUAAUUGAGUGCUAAGAAUUGUAUUAUGAUGAUAAUGAUGAUGAUAUCUUUUGGUCUGUCUGUCAGUUUGUAUGUCUCUAAUUGUAUGUGUAUGUAUUAUGUGAUAGUUUUAAACAAUUAGCCAUGUAAAAUUGUAAAAGGUGUGUCAUAGCAUUUACAAAAACCAACAACAACAAAUGAAAAAAACCUAGAAAUGGGAGAACAAACGAAAACAAAAAUCGUAUAAUUAAUAUGACUCCAAAAUACAUUAAAAAAAAAAAACAAAAACCAUAUCCCAAAUAGCCUAAAAGUAGUCUACAGUCCCUAGCAUUAGACUUGUGCAGUUUUUUAGGGCAAAUUUUAUUAACAUUGAUGUGCCAUUCCAAAAAAAGAAAAACAAAACAAAAAAUUAAAAUAAAAACCAACAAAA